AUGUUAGAGUUUAUCUUAGUCUUGGUAAUAGUAGUGCUUUUGGCUUUUCCUUUAGGGAAGUAUCUUGCUUGUAUUAUGCAAAACCGAGAGAUGAAAAUUGAUCCAAUUUUUAACUGGAUUGAAAAACCGAUUUAUCGUGUUUUGGGUACACAUCCUGAUCAAGGGAUGAAUGCGAAGACCUAUUCACUUAGCUUUGUCGCGAGCUGUAUCGUCAUUGGACUGGUGACUUGGGUGUUGUUUAUGUGCCAAGCAAGCUUGCCACUCAAUCCAAACAAUGCGCCGAAUAUGUCAUGGGAUUUAGCCCUGCAUACCAUGAUUUCAUUUCUGACCAAUACCAACCAACAGCACUAUUCAGGUCAGGCACAACUGUCAUAUUUAUCACAGAUGGUUGGAAUUGUUGGAUUGCAAAUCAUUACCCCAAUGAUGGGGUUGGCAAUGGUGGUUGCAACCGUCCGUGCCUUAUUUUAUCCGCAAUCGAAUGCUUUGUCAGAAACAGAUCAAAACCUAAGCUUUCAAAAUAAAGUUGAAAAAAUCAAUGUGGGUAAUUAUUGGGCCGACGUGAUCCGUCCAACCUUUCGUUUUUUAAUUCCGUUAUGCAUGAUUUGGUCAUUAUUACUCAAUAGCCAAGGUGUGCCAUCAACCUUUCAAGGUGGCCCAGAAGUUCAAGUCAUUGACCAAACGGCCGAAUUAAAAACUCAAAAAAUUCCACUGGGUCCAGUUGCACCCAUGGUUGCGCUUAAGCAGUUGGGCAGUAAUGGUGGCGGUUGGUAUGGGCCUAACAGUAGUGUGCCAUUGGAAAAUCCAACCCCAUUUUCAAAUUUCUUAGAAAUGAUUGCGAUUCUACUUAUCCCUGUCGCAGUGAUUUUUAUGUUGGGUUUUUUAACCAAACGCGCAAAAUUUGCUGGUUUUGUUUUUGGCUCAAUGUUGCUGAUGUCCGUUGUUUCAGCCACGGCGGCGAUUUGGUCUGAAAGCCUGUCAUCUACCGUGAUGCAAAUUUAUGCCAUGGAAGGAAAGGAAGUGCGUUUUGGUGAAGCAUCUUCCGCAUUGUGGGCCGCCAUAACCACACAGGUCAACAAUGGUUCCGUCAAUAUGAUGCAUGACUCUGCAUCACCAUUAACAGGUUUAGUGGCGCUGGCGAAUAUGCUGAUUAAUGCGAUUUGGGGCGGGAUCGGCUGUGGCUUACAGCAAUUUAUGAUCUACCUGUUUUUGGCUGUAUUUAUUGCAGGUCGUACACCUGAAUUAUUUGGCCGCAAAAUUGAAGCAGGGGAAAUCAAAUUACUUGCUGCGGUGAUUCUGAUUCAGCCCAUUACGAUUCUCGGUUUAAGUUCAAUCGCUUUGUUUUUCCCUGAACUUACAGGCAAUAGCAAUCCGCAAUAUCAUGCCAUUUCACAAGUGUUGUAUGAGUAUGUUUCGGCCUUUGCCAAUAAUGGCUCUGGUUUUGAAGGUUUAGCGGACAAUACCGUGUGGUGGAACGUGAGCUGUGUCAUCGCUUUACUACUGGGACGUUUUCCAACAUUGAUCAUUCCUUUAAUGAUUGCUGCGCGUUUAGCUGCAAAGCGUCAAGCCCCUGAAAGUAGUGGUAGUUUAAAAGUGGAAACGCCAACCUUUGCUUUCACUCUGAUUGCUAUUGUGGUGAUGUUGACCUUAUUACAAUUUAUGCCAGUCCUUGACCGAUCGCUGAUCAGCUGUUAUUGGUACAAGGCUAGGGUGAAUAACAUGAAUCAUUCAAAACAAUCUACUCAAAAUAAAUCAUCAACUUUAUUCCAAGGUGAAGCUUGGAAAAAUGCCUUGAUUAAAUUGUUGCCACAACAUGCAAUUAAAAAUCCAGUGAUGGCGAUUGUAUGGCUAGGCACGAUCAUAACACUGGUUAGUACUUUAACGGGUCAAGCCGAUACCAUAUUUGGUUUAGUGGUGACCUUGAUUUUAUUUAUCACCGUAUUAUUUGCCAACUAUGCCGAAGCGAUUGCCGAAGCCAAAGGUCGAGGUCAAGCCUCUUCCUUAAGACAAGCACGUCAAAAUUUAACCGCAUGUCGACUCAGUUCUAAGGAUGAUCUAGGGGGUGUGCAAGUCGCUGCAACCUUAUUAAAAAUGAAUGAUCUGAUUGAAGUCCGUGCAGGGGAACUGGUUCCUGCGGAUGGUGAAAUUAUUCAUGGUUUUGCGACCAUUAAUGAAGCUGCGGUAACAGGUGAGUCAGCACCCGUUUUACGUGAAGCAGGUACAGAUAAGUCUGGUGUGAUUGGGGGAACUAAGGUUUUAACCGAUCGUAUCGUGGUACAGGUGACUGCUGAAGCGGGUAAUAGCUUUCUUGACCGAAUGAUUGCUUUGGUUGAGGGUUCCAAUCGUCAAAAAACACCAAAUGAAAUCGCUCUGGGUAUUUUACUGACCGUGAUGACUGUGACCUUUAUCGCGGUGGUGGUGAGUUUACCUUUUAUAGGGCAUUUCUUAAAAAUUGAAAUUAACCCGAUUCUCUUGGUGGCUUUAUUGGUGUGUUUAAUUCCAACCACCAUUGGUGGCUUGUUGCCUGCAAUUGGUAUUGCGGGGAUGAAUCGGGCGUUAAAAGCCAAUGUGAUUGCCAAAUCGGGUAAAGCUGUCGAAGUGGCGGGUGAUGUAGAUGUAUUGUUACUCGAUAAAACAGGAACCAUCACCUAUGGUGACCGUCAGGCAACAGCAUUUUUCCCACUGACUGGAGUGACUGAAUCAGAACUUCGUCAAGCUGCGAUAUUGACCUCACUUGCUGACCCAACACCAGAGGGUAAAUCCAUUGUAGUUUUGGCAAAAGAGCAAGGGGAGCAUAUUGUUGAACCUGAACAGGUAGAGUUUAUUGCCUUCAAUGCCGCAACUCGAAUCUCUGGUAUAAAUUUAUCAAAUGGACAGCAAAUCCGUAAAGGGGCACUGGAUGCGAUCCUUAAAUUUGCUUCACAGAAUCUUGAAAAUCAUAGUGAGCUUAAAACGCGGGUAGAACAGGUUGCUUCAAAAGGUGCAACGCCGUUAGUGGUGGCAAAGGAUCAAAAUAUUCUGGGGGUGAUUGAACUUUCAGAUGUGAUUAAACAAGGCAUCAAGGAAAAAUUUGCUCGCUUACGUGAAAUGGGUAUUAAAACAGUCAUGGUCACAGGUGAUAACCCUUUAACAGCUGCGGCUAUUGCAGCGGAAGCAGGUGUUGAUGACUACAUCGCUGAAGCGAAACCUGAAGAUAAGUUAAAUUGUAUUCGUCAUGAACAGAAUAAAGGUCAUUUGGUCGCUAUGGUUGGCGAUGGUACCAAUGAUGCACCUGCUUUGGCACAAGCGGAUAUUGGUUUGGCGAUGAACUCAGGGACCCAAGCGGCAAAAGAAGCGGGCAAUAUGGUGGACUUGGAUUCAGAUCCAACCAAAUUAUUGUCGGUUGUUGAGAUUGGUAAACAGCAGUUGAUUACGCGUGGCGCAUUGACCACCUUUUCAUUGGCCAAUGACGUUUCCAAAUACUUUGCAAUUUUACCGGCUUUAUUUGUCGCAGCCAUUCCUCAAAUGCAAACCUUAAAUGUGAUGCGCUUGGGAAGUUCAGAAAGUGCAAUUCUCUCUGCACUGAUUUUCAAUGCCAUCAUUAUUCCAUUAUUGAUUCCAAUUGCUUUACGGGGGGUGAAGUUUAAGCCUUCAACAUCGACGCAAUUAUUACGUCGAAAUAUGCUGAUCUACGGUGUAGGUGGUGUGUUGUUGCCAUUUAUUGCGAUCAAGCUGAUUGAUCUGAUGAUCAGCCCCUUAUUGGCACUUUAG